AUGGCUUUCUCAGUAAGAAUUGUUUUCACAAUUUUGGUUGCAUUUACAAUAUGCUUUUCCACAAGCAUCAAUGCACGUCCUGGUCCUUUGCAUGACGAUGAUCUUCGUCGUACCGAGUCACGUACUCUAGUGACUCGUUUAAACUUGGAUGGAAACUCAACGAGUUGCUGGGACUCAUUGUUCAAGCUUCAAUCUUGCUCAGGGGAGUUAAUUCAGUUUUUCUACAAUGGUCAGACUUAUUUGGGCCCUGAUUGUUGCAAUGCAGUUUUUAUUAUAGUUCAUGAUUGCUGGCCUGCUAUGUUAGGCUCAUUGGGCUUUACUUCUGAAGAAGGUGAUAUUUUAAGGGGCUAUUGUGAUGCUGUGGAGAAUACUUCUGGCCCAAAACCACCUAGCCCACCUCAUGCUUCUGGGCCCAUUAAGGAUGGAGUUAUGGAUUAA